CUGAGGACCUUUUUCGACUCUGUGGUGGCAUCAGCCAUCUUCUAUGCAGUGGUCUGCUGGGGCAGCAGCAUCUCGACAGCCGACAGGAAGAGACUAAACAAACUUGUCAGGAAGGCCAGCAGUGUCCUGGGAUGUCCACUGGAUAUGGUGGAAGUGGUGGGAGACAGGAGGAUGAUGGCUAAGCUAUCAUCCCUGAUGGACAACACCUCCACCCCAUGCUGGACACUGGCAGCUCUGUGCAGCUCCUUCAGCCACCAGCUGCUUCACCCCCGGUGUGUGAAGGAGAGGUACCGCAGGUCCUUCCUUCCUGUCAGGCUGCACAACCAACUCUGCUCCCAGUAGUACCAGGGGAGGUGCUAUGCAGUAGGACUGAUCCUUGAUCAUGAAGGCCACAGCUUGUACGAGAAGGAAGUCCUGCGCCAUCUUCCUCUUUCUGGCCGUCUCAGUCUUAACCUUUGUGCUACUUUACAUGGACAUUCAGUUUCAGCCUAAAAUCAACUCCACCAUCGUCGUCCCGAGAGUCUCCUCUGACCCUGACAUGCAUCGCAGCUUCUGCACCUUCCAGCCAAUGUCCCCUGAGCACGCUCUGGAGGAACGCCUCAUACUAGACUCCACUGCUUGGCCUGAAACUCCACUUUUGCCAGAUCCUGUUUCCAUUGAGCAGACCAGUCAUCCAGCUCACAGCACCUUCACCAUUCUCCCAGGGAGGAGAGGAGGACAGUGGCACAUAGGGGAUCAGCUGGAGGUUAUGAUUCAAACCUCUGACUUCCAGGGUCGUCCCAAGAAGUCUGGGGGGGACUUCCUACUCGCCCGGCUGCACAACCGGAAGCUUGGUGCAGGUGUGGUUGGGCAAGUGGUGGAUCAUCUGAAUGGGAGCUACUCUGCUGUUUUGUCUUUACUCUGGGAAGGAAACGCACAGGUUGAGGUGAUGCUGGUUCAUCCUGGUGAGGCCAUAUCAGUGUUGAACAGGCUGAACAGAGAACACCCUGACAGGAUUUACUUCAAGAGCCUCUUUCGCUCAGGCUCACUCUCUGAAACCACCAUCUGUAAUGUCUGCCUACGUCCAACCCAGCCGAUGUGCAACUUCACUGACCUCCGUACAGGCGAGCCCUGGUUCUGCUACAAGCCAAAGAACCUAAACUGUGAUACCAGGAUCAACCACGCCAUGGGACAUUACAACAAAAAAGUCGAGGCCAACGAAGAGAAGCUCUUUCAAAGUGGCGUUAACCUGAAAGUCAUCAUUCAAGCUUCAGGACCUGCUAGUGUCAUCGUGUUGCCACAAAAAGAAGGUCAACCAAAGGUCAAGAGCAGCACUGUGAUAUCUGGACCCUCUGGUUAUUACUACCAGGGCUUUUGGCGAGCACUAAGUGACACCACAGUUCGCAAAUUCAACACGUCUGCCAUCAGUCGGUGUCUGAAAGGCAAGGUGGUCCACAUGUUUGGAGACUCCACCGUCAGGCAGUGGUUUGAAUUCCUCAAUGCAGCACAACCAGGUCUUAAGGAGUUUGACCUGCACAGCCCGAAUAAAGCUGGACCUUACAUCUCCUUGGACUAUGCAAACAAUAUCUUGCUUUUGUCCCGCUUCCACGGCCCUCCCAUCCGGAUUGUCGAUGUCUCAACCAGCGACCUUCGUUACAUCGCCAAUGAGCUAGAUGGCUUAAUCGGAGGACCAGACAAUGUCAUAGUUUUUGGCAUCUGGGCUCACUUCGGCACUUUUCCCAUGGAGAUCUACAUCAGGAGGCUGCAGAGCAUCCGCAGGGCGGUGGUGCGCCUGCUGGACAGGGCUCCAGGCACGCUGGUUGUCAUCCGAACAGGGAACCCCAAAGCUUUGUCACUUUCUGUGUCGCUAACUAACAGCGACUGGCACUCGCUGCAGUGUAACAAGGUGCUCAGAGCCGUGUUCAAAGGACUGAAUGUUCAUGUGAUCGAUGCCUGGGACAUGACCCUGGCCCACCAUCUGCCACACAACCUCCACCCACCACCUCCUAUUAUUAAGAAUAUGGUAAACCAUCUCUUGUCCUACAUAUGUCCUCAGAAGGCUGGCUAGAUGUGUUGGGUUGUUUGGGAAGGAGAGGAGUGGGGAUUAAAGCACAAAUGUACAUGUUAUCUGUUUUCUCUUAAGUCUUGCAUUUUUCUUUUAGUAGUCUAUACUCAGACUAGACUAACUACAUUUAAAAAAAAACAAAUCAAAUCAGGCAAUGUUUAGUAAACGCAAAAGAAACAGAACUGUAUUGAAAGCAGAUGCAAGCCCGCUACGGUAUUAAACAUUAACUGGAUGAUCACACUUAACAAAUACAACUUCAUGCCCCCUUUCUUAGGAUAUCCUCACAGAAUAGCAGAAGUCAAUCGUUGCCGAAUAAACAGAAUUGUCAACUCGUUACACUCU